UCAGAGUCGGUACCAUGCGGCUGAACUUCAGCGGCGGGCGGGCCCUGGUGACGGGGGCAGGGAAAGGGAUCGGGAGAGGCACUGUGAAGGCCCUGCACGCGCUGGGCGCCGCAGUGGUCGCCGUGAGCCGCACCAACACGGACCUGGUGAGCCUCUCCGAGCAGUGCCCUGGGAUAGAGACCGUGUGUGUGGACCUGGGUGACUGGGAGGCCACGGAGCGGGCACUGGGCAACGUGGGCCCCGUGGACCUGCUGGUGAACAAUGCUGCCACGCUGCAGACGCAGCCCUUCCUGGAGGUCACCAAACACGUCUUCGACAGGACCUUCAACGUGAACCUGCGCUCUGUGGUCCAAGUGUCCCAGAUCGUGGCCCGGGGCCUGAUCCAGCGUGGAGUGCCCGGCUCCAUUGUCAACGUGUCCAGCAUGGUGGCCCACGUCACCUUCCCCAACCUAGCUGUCUACAGCUCCACCAAGGGCGCGAUGACGGCACUCACCAAAGUCAUGGCUGCAGAACUGGGGCCAUACAAGAUUCGGGUAAACUCUGUGAACCCCACCGUGGUGCCGACGGCCAUGAGCCAGAAAGUCCUGACGGACCCCGACUUUGCCCGGAAGCUGAAGGAGCGGCACCCGCUGCGGAAGUUUGCAGAGAUGGAGGACGUGGUCAACAGCAUCCUCUUCCUGCUCAGCGACCGCAGCGCUUCCACCAGCGGCUCGGGCAUCCUCGUGGACGCCGGGUACCUAGCCUCCUAGAGCGCGCGGCGCGGGCGCUCUCCCGCCAGGCCCCGCCCCGCCCCCGCCCGCACGCCCGAGGCCCCGCCCCGCCCCCGCCCGCACGCCCGCGGCCCCCGCACCCCGCCAGCCCCACCAGCCCCUCUCGCGUCCAGACUCCGCACCUGGCCACGCUCCCCGUCCGC